GCGCUGCGUGCGCGCCGCCAGUGUGCGUUGUGCGGCGCGAGGUGUGGGCCGCGCGCCAUGUCGGCCGCAAAGCGCAAGGUGAAUCCGCUCACGCUCAAGGAAAAGAAGGCAGUGAUUCUGGAAGUGGAGAACAGCAACGGCAGGACCAAGUCGCAGAUCGCCGAGCAGUUUCGCAUUCCGAAGAGCACGCUGUCGACCAUUCUGAAGGAGAAGGAGCGCAUUUUGAACUUGAACGACGCCGACGACCUGGGCCCGCAGCGCAAACGGAUGCGCAUUCGCCGCGGCGUGCACCCACAACUGGAGGAGGCACUGUUCGCUUGGCUGCAGGAGCAAGCGGCGGCCAACCAGACCGUCUCCGGCCAGAAGAUGCUCGCACGCAGCCAGGAGCUGGCACAGCAGUUGGGCGUGGACGACUUCAAGAACAGCGUGGCCUGGCUGGAGGGCUUCAAGCGGCGCCACGGGCUGGCGGGGGCGCGGCCGGGUCCGGCCGACGGCUGGCGGCCGGAGCCGGCGCCGGACAGCACCGUGCCGCUCGGCCAGCUGUCGGCUCUGCUGGACGAGUACGGCGCCGCCGACGUGUUCGUGGUGGCUGAGAUGGGCGUGUUGUUCGAUCUGACGCCGGCCGAGGCGGGCGGCGAGGCGGUGAAGGCGUGCGCGGCCGGGGAGCUCGCCUCGCGUCGGCUCAGCGUGCUGGCUGCCGCCUCGGCCGACGGCUCGCAGAAGCUGCCGCUGCUGGUGGCCGGCGAGCGGCCGCUGCCAGGCGCCAGCCAGCCGGGCCGGCUCGCCUACCGCGCGGAGCCGCGCUCCUGGCUCCAGCCCGACCACUUCGCCAGCUGGCUGGAGCUGCGAGACGGCGAGCUGGGGGCGCAGGGCCGGCGCGCGCUCUUCCUCUGCGAGCUGCAGCCUCUGCACGCGACCGCCGGCGGCGGCGACGCGCGCGAGCGCGCCGCCUCGCCGGGCGAGAAGAGGCCGCGCUACGGCUCGCCCGCCGGCCGGCGGCGGCCCUCCUCGCAGGAGGCGCUCAAGGCUGUGCUUGUGCUGCAGCAGUACUUCCAGCUGCGCGAUGGCGACGACGAGCUGGACGAGGUGCUCAGCUUCGUCGCCUUCACCAAAGAGAAGAUUGUCAAGCUGCAGACGCAGGAGCACCGACAUGACAACGGAUCUCAGAAGGUGAAGAAGGAACCGAAGGUGGAGAAACCGGACCUGUUAGGCACCAUCAAGUUCGAGUCUCCGAUUCUGAACAUCGACCCGGACGUCGACCCCGAGGAGCUGCGAGACCCGUCGGAGGUCAAGCCGUCGACGCCAACCAAGCCUAGCCUGGAGCUGCUGGCGCCGAGGAAGGGCGGCAUCCGGGUGGGUGCGCAGUUCCAGGCGGAGGUGCCGGCGGCUCCGCUCGCUUCGCCCCCGGACACGAGCACCGACUCCAGCCGACUGGAGGAGGCGCGCUGGACGCCCGAUCACCAGCUCACUGAGCAGCAGAUCAACCAGUUCGUCAUGCUGGCCAGAGCCGUCGGGAUGUUCGCACGCGCCUGCGAUGCCGGCUCGGCCGCCAGUCAGCCGGGCAUCCACGUGGCGGCGGCCAACGCGUCACGUGACGUCACACGGGCGCACGCGCUGGACGUGCUCCACCGCCAUGACUACCGGCUGGGCGCGGCCCUGACGUCGCUGGUGCCGGCCGGCGGGCCGCUCCUCUGCCGGGACGAGCUGGAGGACUGGUCCGUCCACGAGACGGCCAUAUUCGAGGAGGCCGUCACUCGACACGGCAAACAGUUCGAUCUGGUCUGCCGCGACUAUCUGCCGUGGAAGACCAGCGCUCAGGUGAACGAGUACUACUACAUGUGGAAAACGACCGACCGCUACGUGCGCCGCCGGCGCGCCAAGCACCUGGCGCGCCGGCAGGCGGCCCAGGUGGCAGCACCGUCGCCGCGCGAGCCCGCCAGCCCGCCGGUGGCCGGCGACGCGGCACCACCGGCGAGCCCACCGCCGCCGCCCGGCCGGCCCGGCCCCGCCAGCGACGCGCUCACCUUGCUCAGCCCGAUGCUGAAUGCGCUCGGCACGUCGGUGAGCAUCGAGCCGGUGACGCCCGGGUCGCGCCGCUCGCCCGAGCAGCGCGGCAAGGCGGCUGCUGUCGAGAAGCUGUGUGGCGGCGUGCGGCUGAGUGGCGAGUGCAGCAUCACGCCGGUGCCCCUCAGCAGGUAGCCGCGCGGCGCGGCAGGUCAGCGGCCGACGCGGACGGCCGCGCUGGCCCCCGGACGGCCGUGCGCGCGGUCUGGGGGCCUGCUGGCUCGCGGUCUGGCCGUCGGUUGGGGGUUCUGUCCGCUCCCAGGCUGGCUGUCGGUCGAAUGGUCUGUCCACCCCCGGUCUGAUCGUCGGUCGGGUGGUCUGUCCGCUCCCGGUUUGGCCGUCGGUCGAGUGGUCUGUUUACCCCCGGUCUGGCCGUCGGUCGGGUGGUCUGUCCGUUCCCGCCUGGCCGUCGGUCGGAUGGUCUGUCCGUUCCCGGUUCGGCAUUCCGGUCGUCCGUCGACUAAUGGUCUGAGGGGCUAUUAACGAAGCCACCGGCACACGGCCCUGAGAUCUGUCGGCUCAAAGCUCGGUAUUUCGUCGGCUCACGAUCCGAUAGGCUGUACGCUAGCAGUCCGCUGUGUGGGCGUGUGCUGCUUCGGAAUGUGGUUCCAUGAACGUCCAGUGUUGCCAGGGCCUCCAGCCGACACAUAUGAAGACAGGCGAGCUCAGACAUGUAAUCAAGGACGCGUUCCGUCCGUUGGGGUUCAUACAGUGAGUUGUGAGGGUGGCGAAACAUGUGCAUAAUGACUGGCAGCGGACUUUGAGAGUUUGUGGCGCAGCGUCUCUUUCAAUGGGGCUCUCCAUACAACAAAAACUCGUAGACAUGUCUUGUAGCAGUGUUUCUUACCAUGGCUGAUUACGACCAAUAUUCUUUUGCAAUAAAUGAGAAACUUUU